AUCACAUUAGGUGAAGCGAGUACCAGGUUCUAGUGGACGACUACACAGAACAGAAGAUGGUGAGUGGGAAUGGUCUGAUGAGGAGUUAGAUGAAAAUAGUGCUGAAGGAAAAGCAGCAAGUUUAGGACGGUCUCCACGAGUCAAGGCAGAUUUUUUUGGUCCUCAGCUUGCUGUUAAAGCUGCUCGGGAUGCUACUCAAACUAGUCAUGAAAAUGAAGUUGGUGCACAACCUGUUCAAGGGCAGAAUAUGCAACCUUCUCUAGUGACAGCAGGUCAAAUCACAAUAAAUGUUCCUGUGUCACCACUACACUUAGUUAUAAGACUUAGGAAUUCUAGAAAAGAACUGAAUGAUAUACGUUUUGAUUUCACACCUGGGAAAGAUACGGCAGAUGGCAUAUCACAAGAGCUUGUAGCUGCCGGACUGGUAGAUGGUAAAGAUGUGAUAGUUGUUGCUGCCAAUCUACAAAAGAUCUUAGAUACACCCCCACCCUCAAAGUGUAUCACAUUUGCCCUGAACUCUGGCUGUGAACCUAACGAAGUACCCGAUGACAAGGCAUUAAUAGGUUUUGCACAACUUACAAUCAGCUAGUUUUGGUUUUUUAGUUAUUUUUAAUUUUUCAGUCACAAAUAUGGUAGUUUGCAUAUUUGCUUGUAUUAUCGUAAUAUUACAUAGUAUACCUUACUGGACCAUGUUAGAGCCCAGGGUCCUCAACUCAGAAAAUCAUGAUUUUUUUUAGGGGUGGGCGCUUACUCGACCACGCUCCUCAGAAAAGAGUGAAAAUGACAAUUGAGGGGGAUAUUAUGUGUUUGAGGGAAAAUAAAAUUACAAAAUUAGUUGCGUUGUCAUUGACUUUUACAAUGAAUGAUCACAAAAAAUAGGCACAUUUUAUUACAAUAUUAGUUACAUACCACCCAAAUUUACAAGAUUAACAAUAGUCAAAGUCAAAAUCUUCAUUAUCCCCACUGACAAAUAUGUUGGAUCAAACGCAAACUCUUGAUGAAAAUCACUUUCCACCAUAAUGUAUUUGCAUGAUUUGACCUGCAAAAUGCUGUGUUAUACCAACGCAAUUCUUCGGAAAUUCUCGAAGACUUUCUGGUAACACAAUGUAUAUGAGAAUUGUUGCUGUCGAAGUACAAUCUUUUGGAAUUGAUUUCAUAUAAAUGACAUGGUGAAUAAAUGACAUGGUUUUUCAAAAAAUUCGUAACCAGCAAUUUUUGAUAGGUAAACUGAAUAUGGCAUGAAAUAUUUAUCGCAUUUACUUUUAUUAACAUGUCAUUGUCAAAGCGUAGUUUAUCAGGGUUACUGUGGUCUACGCUGUAUCAUAUAAAAACGAUUACCAGUAUUCGUUUAGCCAUGACUAAAGACCAAGUUUUCAAUUAGUGGCAUAAGUGGGGGAGCACUUUACCGCUGGGCGCUUACAAGGUCCAGUACGGUAUUAUCUCAAUGCUGCUUAUGCUAUGUUAUUUUUAAAUAAAAAAAAAUACAUACGAGUUUUCAGCAAAAACAACGUGGUGCAGUAUAUACAAAUGUUCAUUAUGAAUUAUAAAAUUUCAUGGAAAAUAAGUUAACUGGUUUUCCAAAAAAGUGGGUGGUGGACAUCAUGCACAUAAGAUGUACUGUUAAGAUCUACAUCAAUCAGCUACCACCACAACCCAACAACAAACUUAUAAGCCAGACGUGGCUGUGAAUGUAACAAUUGGCAUUUUAAACUACA